AAAACUAUCAAUAAAGUUGAAUAUUAUCAUAAAUUUGAAAAAUUAUGCAAAAAAUAGAGUAUCAAGAAUUGAUUUGGACACAGAAUCUUAUUUAAAAUGUUUUUCUUCAAAAAUUAAUUUUCCCAAGCAGCAGCAGCAUUGUCGUCGUCUGAUAUUCUGGAAUUUCUGGAACAGUGGUGAAAAAUGGCCGGUCUCAGGCAGUUGGGUCGUUGUGCUUUAAAUGUGAAUAGAUGCCUUCUAAAAACAAAUACAUGUUUACCGAUUGCUACAAAAGUAUCACAAAAAUUCAUUCAUUACCGAUUGAAUGAACCCACACUUCUAACAUCAUCCAUUCAGCACCCGUUCUAUGACCUGGGAAGAUGUGUGAGCACAACUAUCACAUCCGGUCAAACCCUCACCAAAGCCGAAGUUGAAGACAGGGUGAUGAAAGUGUGCAGAGCAUUUGACAAAGUUACUGCUGACAAGCUCACUGCCGACUCGCAUUUCAUUAAUGACUUAGGAUUAGACUCACUUGAUCACGUAGAGAUUAUAAUGGCCAUGGAAGAUGAGUUUGGGUUUGAAAUACCAGAUGUGGAUGCCGAGAAACUUUUAAAGCCUUCAGAUAUCGUACAGUACAUAGGCGACAAGCAUGAUAUCUACGAAUAAACUUGGUAGCCUAAAAGAUUAUCAUUCGUAGAUUUGCUUUCACCUGGUAGGAAUAUACAUACAUUGAAUAAAAUUUAGGAUUACAAAUCUAGGAUACCAUCUUCGAGUUGUAAUACAAUGUUUUUGGUUUUGUAAAAAAUGUCAAAAAUUGAUUCAAGAGAGCAACUUGCUCUAUCGAAGACUUUCAAACUUUAUUACUUCUGUUUCUUUCCAAUAUGUUAGCUGUAAUGGUUAUUAUGAAAGAAAAUGUGUUGAAACCGAUUGUAUAUUAUUUCAAUGAAAAGUUGUUGCUAUUUUAAUAAACAAUUGAACAAAU